UGAUUCGAUCAUUGUCAGUGUCAUUUGGUCGCAUCUCCUCCGCCUCUUUUAAAACACUUCAGCUUCACUUCAGUGGGAGUCAGAAGAAGCGCAACCGCACUGAAGAACUCCAACAAGAAUUCCUGCACAAAAGCUUCAGGAUUUACCCACACAAGAACUGGAAUCACACAGCUCCUCACGAGUUAUGGGAUGUGCUACUAAUACCAUUUGACAAGGGAACAGCGCGCGUAAAGCAUGGCUUGGUUAUUAUGCACGUGCUUUCUGCUGUCUUGUGCUGGACAGGUGUUAACAAAUCCACCGGCUGAAAAGGGAACCUAUUUGGAUAACAUUACGCGCAUUUUGGAUAGAUUAUUAAAUGGAUAUGACAACAGACUGCGACCUGGAUUUGGAGGUCCUGUCACAGAGGUUAAAACGGACAUCUUUGUCACCAGCUUUGGUCCUGUCUCUGAUGUUGAAAUGGAAUACACAAUGGAUGUGUUUUUUCGGCAAACCUGGAUAGACGACAGGCUGAAAUUUGAGGGCCCGAUUGAGAUCCUACGUCUCAACAACCUAAUGGUCAGCAAGAUCUGGACGCCGGACACGUUUUUCCGAAAUGGCAAGCGCUCUAUUUCACACAACAUGACCACUCCCAACAAGCUGUUUCGCAUCAUGCAGAACGGAACUGUCCUGUACACUAUGAGGUUAACCAUCAAUGCCGAAUGUCCCAUGCAACUGAUAAACUUUCCAAUGGAUGGCCAUACUUGCCCUUUGAAAUUUGGCAGCUAUGCAUACCCUAUGAGUGAGAUUGUAUAUACAUGGAAAAAAGGCCCGUUGUUUUCCGUGGAAGUACCUCAGGAGAGCUCCAGUCUGCUACAGUAUGAUCUCGUUGGUCAGACAGUGUCAAGCGAGAGGCUGAAGUCAAAUACAGGUGAAUACAUUGUUAUGACUGUCUACUUCCACCUGCAGAGGAAGAUGGGUUUCUUCUUGAUCCAAACAUACAUCCCAUGCUUUAUGACAGUUAUUCUUUCACAAGUCUCCUUUUGGAUUAACAAAGAGUCAGUACCUGCCAGAACUGUAUUUGGUAUCACUACAGUGCUAACCAUGACCACGCUGAGCAUCAGCGCUCGACACUCUCUUCCCAAAGUCUCCUACGCCACAGCCAUGGACUGGUUUAUCGCUGUCUGCUUUGCCUUUGUAUUCUCUGCCCUUAUCGAAUUUGCCGCUGUCAACUAUUUUUCAACCUUGCAGGCCAGUAAGGAACUUCGGUGGGCAAACACAACCCAUGCUGCGGCUACAGCAGCGGCCAGUGGUGAUAGAGAAGUCAUUUUGCAUCCUAUGGACCCCGGAGGUGUGUUGAAGAAAAGACUGAACUCCUUAUCUCAAAGAGAUGCUACUGAGAGGUUUUCCAGGUUGCCUCAGCUUGAUUUCCGUCAGCAAGGAUCUGCUGUCCCUGCCAACAACAUUCUGACAGGAACUAGCAUAAUUGACAAAUACUCACGUAUCCUCUUUCCUCUGUCUUUUGGGGCCUUCAACUUGGUCUACUGGAUUGUCUAUCUCACCAAAGACACUAUGGAGUCAAGGGAAGUGUGAGCCAUGUGGAGAGAAACUCCAAAGACAAUGUUAAUGAACUCUUGCUUGGACGGAUGUAGCAGUGGACUUCAAUGUGUUUGUGAUUGUGCCAAAGGGACACCACCCCUUUUCUUAACCCUCCUUCUGAUCUGGCCCUGAGAGUAUGUGUUGACCUUUCUGUGGGAUGAUACUCUCUGACUACAGAAUGACUCUGCUCUUCCCUAUGGAUAUUCAAGGUGCACUGACACUUGUGUAAAAAACAUCCAGCACAACAAAGCCUCUACAGACGAACACAGAUACAUUAUAAAAGAGCUGGCAGUUCAUUUCAGGACACAAUAAAAGCAGCACAACCCAACACAACAUUCAAAAGAAACAUCUAACAAUAUAUUGAAAACAAAACCAUUUGGUCACACUUCUUGGAUUGUUCUCAGACAUUCCUUAACUGUACAAUAUGUCUUUUUUGGAUAAAGAAAGUGUUCAGUGAUGGUUGGAUCUUUUGGUUGUAAACCACUCGCUCAUGGGUGCAUUUCCAGAAAGCAUCGUUAGCCAACUACUGUCGUAAGUUUCGUUGUUACUGACAAAGUACAGCGAUUUGGUGUUUCCCGAAACCAUAGGUCAAAUGAACAAACUUGUGUGGUUUGAACGACAGCUCUUUACCUGUCGUUAGAAGCAUCGUUCCUUGUUAUUAUAAUAUGUAGACUUACGUUGAUCAUGCUUUUGAACAAAAUAAGCAAAAAACAUGUAGUACAGUCUAUAUCCAUCAUUCUAACUAUCGUCGCUGUCCGAUGAAAACCACGUAUGUCCAUUUUGCCGAUUUUGAGAUUUUUCGACGAAUUAAAUGUCAUGGUUAAUUUCCGUAUACAGUAUGCUUCACAUAUUUAAAUGGCCAAUGAAAAGUUGUGAAAUCAUGUCGUCUGAUUUUCACGGAUAUCCAUUUGGUGUCAAAGCUGUCAAUCACGCCGCGUAUCUCCCGCCCUGUGGAAGCCUCUCGCCGGUCUCGUGAAGUUUCAUCGAAGCUCAGCACUGGAUAGCCGAAUAAACAUAGCCUGGUGAGACAAUGACUUUCCUUCAUCGAGCUAAACGUUUCCCCCCUGACGCCAGACGUACGUAUAGGAGUGAC